AUGGGACAAAAUGCGCCCGGAAAAGACCAGGUGGGCAACGAUAUUGGACAGACCGUGAUGGGCGCUGCUGGCAAAGAGAAAACCGCGAAAGAAAUCGAGAAAGAGCGCCAAAAGGCCGAAAAGCUUGCCAAAUUCCAAGCCAAACAGGCCAAAGUCAAGCAAGCGCAGCCUGCUGCUAGCACUGAAGCGAAACCAAAGAAAGAGAAGGUCAAGAAGCCAACAGCCGUGGAUGCCUACGAGCCUAAAAAGAUUGAGGAUGGCAGAUACGACUGGUGGGAGAGCCAGGGAUACUUCAAGCCUGAGUUCACCAAGGAUGGCAAGAUCAAGCCCGAGGGCAAGUUUGUCAUUCCCAUCCCUCCGCCGAAUGUCACCGGCGCUCUCCACAUGGGCCACGCUCUCACCAAUGCUCUUCAAGACACUAUGAUCCGACAUGCACGGAUGCAGGGCAAGACUACCGCCUGGGUUCCAGGCAUGGAUCACGCUGGUAUCUCUACGCAGAGUGUGGUUGAGAAGAUGUUGUGGAAGACUGAGGGCAAGACGAGACACGACCUAGGACGAGAAGCCAUGGUGGAGAAGAUCUGGACAUGGAAAGACAAGUACCACGCCAAUAUCACCAAGCAGUUGAAGAAGCUGGGCGGCUCAAUGGAUUGGUCCCGCGAAGCUUUCACGAUGGAUGAAAAUCUAUCAAGAGCUGUGAAAGGAAGUUUCGUCCAACUCUACGAGGAGGGAAUAAUCUACCGCGCCAACAGACUCGUCAACUGGUGCUCAGCCCUGAGUACCUCGCUGUCGAAUUUGGAAGUGGACAACAAGGAGCUGAAGGGUAGGACGAAAAUCAAGGUGCCCGGAUACGACAAGAUGAUUGAGUUCGGUGUACUCACGUAUUUCCGUUACCCAAUCAAGGACACAACAGGUGGCUCAUUGACCGGCAAAUUUGAAGGCCAUGAGUACAUCGAGGUUGCCACCACUCGUCCCGAAACCAUGCUUGGUGAUACAGCCGUUGCUGUGCACCCCAACGACAAGCGAUAUCAGCAUCUUGUGGGAAAGCUAGCCAUUCACCCUUUCCUCCCUGACCGCAAGGUUCUCAUCAUUGCCGAUGAUGAAGUCGAGAUGGACUUCGGUACUGGUGCUGUGAAAAUUACUCCUGCCCACGACCCUAACGAUUUCACGAAGGGUCAGCGACACAAGCUCGACUUCAUCAACAUCCUCAAUGACGAUGGCACUCUCAAUGAGAACGCAGGUCCUUACAAUGGCCAGAAGAGAUUCGAUGUACGCUACAAGGUGAUCGCCGAUCUCAAAGAGCUCGGCCUGUACAACAAACAAGAAGACAACCCUAUGACUAUUCCUCUUUGCAGUAGAAGCAAGGACGUCGUGGAACCCGUGCUGAAGCCGCAAUGGUGGAUGCGAAUGGCUGAGUUGGCCAAGGCUGCUGACGAUGCCGUGACUGAUGGUCGUAUCCUGAUCAAGCCAGAGACAGAAUCCAGACGCUUCCACCACUGGAUGGCAAGCAUUCAGGACUGGUGUUUGUCAAGACAGUUGUGGUGGGGACACCGCGCACCUGCUUACUUUGUUGAUGUGGAAGGUGAGGCCGCCGACGAAGCGGAUGGCAAGUGGUGGGUGUGCGCUCUAUCAGAAGAAGAGGCUCGCGAGAAAGCGGAGAAGAAGUUCCCCGGCAAGAAGUUCACACUGAAGUGGGAUGAGGAUGUGCUCGACACCUGGUACUCGUCGGGACUUUGGCCUUUCUCGACACUUGGGUGGCCUCAAGAAACAUCUGAUAUGCGUGAGCUUUACCCAACAACUAUGCUGGAAACUGGCUGGGACAUUCUCUUCUUUUGGGUGGCCCGUAUGAUCAUGCUUGGCUUGAAGCUCACAGGCGAGGUGCCAUUCACAGAGGUCUACUGUCAUUCACUCAUCCGCGACUCUGAAGGCCGCAAGAUGUCGAAAUCAUUAGGCAACGUUAUUGAUCCGCUCGACAUUAUUGGUGGCAUCACCCUUGAGGCCCUCCACAAGAGUUUACUUACCGGCAACUUGGAUCCGGUCGAAAUAGAGCGAGCAAAAGCUUAUCAGAAGUCAGCUUUCCCCAAAGGCAUCGAAGAGUGUGGUACUGACGCCCUUCGAUUCACCCUCAUCAACUAUACAACUGGAGGCGGCGAUAUUGCCUUCGAUAUCAAGGAGAUUGAGGCCAAGCGGAGAUUCUGCAACAAAAUCUAUCAAGCCACGAACUUCGCUCUCGCUCGACUAGGUGAUGGAUUUCAGCCUGAUAAGUCGCUCACCGACAACGAGCCGCGGUCACUAGCGGAGAAAUGGAUUCUCCAUCGCCUCAACCUGGCCACCAGGGAUGUCAAUGAGGCCAUCGAGACUCGCGAAUUCUCCGUUGCCGCAGGCACACUGUAUCAAUACUGGUUUAAUUCGCUCUGUGAUACCUUCAUUGAGAACUCCAAAUACAUCCUGACAACGGAGGCUGCCGAGGAAGACCGCAAAUCAGCACAGCAGACCCUCUACACCGCACUUGAAGGUGGCCUGCUCUUGAUGCACCCCAUCAUGCCGUUCCUGACCGAGCACUUGUGGCAGAAGCUGCCUAGACGCAAGGGUGACAGUACGGAAUCCAUUAUGAUUGCACGGUUCCCUGAGUAUGUCGAGAAGCUCGACAAGCCACAAGAAGCAGACCAGUACGAGUUCAUCAUGGACAUUGCCACGGGAAUCCGAUCGCUGUUGUCCCAGUACGGCUUCAAAGAACCUGGUGAUCUUAUUGUUCAGACCUAUUCGGAGUCGGCUUUCAAGACCGCUUCGUCGGAGAAGACAUCCAUCAAAUCGUUGGGCGGUAAGACGUGUGGCGAGCUUGAGAUCCUGCCGCCUUCCGCAGACGCUCUCCCGCCUGCUGGCUGCGCCUUGCAGAGCAUCAACGCCGACGCGGCCGUCUACCUGAAGAUCGUCGGCCGCAUUGAUAUUGGCGACGAAAUCAAGAAGCGGGAGAAGACACUCGCCGAUGCUAAGGCCAAGGUCGACAAGUCGGAGAAGAUCAUGCAGGGCAAGGGCUGGGAGAAGGCCAACAAAGAGACGAGGCAGAAGGAGCAGGACAAGCUGACGGACGCCAGUAAAGAGGUCGAGCGUGUGGAACAGGCCUUGAAAGAAUUAGAGCGCUUGAAACUUGAGGCGUAA